AGGACGUAUACUGAAUUACAGAGGUACACAGACGCACAGUCUUCACGCACACAAAUUGGCCACACAACACGUACACACACACACGAGACGCGCCACACGCUCACACACACCUACAGUCUGGCUACAGAUAAAGGCGUUCGGCUACCUGUACCUAUCCUUCCCAAGAAGCGCGAGCAUCAGCACGCAAUUGCUACCUCAGACACUGCCCCCUCACACACACACACAUUGCAUUGCAAGGGGCUUUCCUUCACACCACCACAUCAACCCGACGUCACGUCACUUGUUGCUAUUUGCGGCCCCCUGCGUGAAGGCGUUCCACAGUGUCUGGAAGUCGAGGAUAUCGGUGAGCGCUGUGUGCGGCGGGGCGUCCAGCAGUUUGAGUGCUGGCGACGCCCACUUGUCGGGGAGCAGCGUCGUCACGAAGUGACGCAGCAGCCUCUUCCUGCAUUCCAUUCACCACACGCAUAGCGCACACACCAGCAACACAGUUGAGUGGACGCAUCCUUGUCUCUGCUCCUUCCUCCCUCCCUCACUUUUUCUCGUUGUGUCGGAUGCAGUGCCGCUGUGUGGGGAAGAGCAUCAGGUCGAAUGAGAAUCCCACGUCGUUCAUACGCUGUGCAGCACACACCCAUCAUGCCCAUCAUGCCAUGCCACACACAACACACAACACACACCUUACUGCAUAAAUGGAUCUUCCCCUUGCUUGACAUGUACUAUAUGCCCGCCCACCUCGAUGAGUGCGGCCGAGUGUCUGAAGUGGACGUUCUCGUCCAGGAGGCCGUGGAUGAGCAGCAGCCGGUGCUCUCUGGGGUUGAGGUACCGCACCUGCGGCAGCACGCUCGACUCGUGGUAGGCCUCGGGCUGCUCACUGGGCAGCGACAGAUACCUCUCCGUCCAGUGCGUAGAGUAGCCCUCCCUGCACACACGCACCCAUCCAUCCAUCCAUCCAUCUGCAUGUGUGUGGGUGUGUGUGCCUACAGGAAUGUGACAGGCGAGACGGCGACGGCGCUGCGGAACACCUCGGGGAAGCGGAAGAUGGCCAUCGCGCUCAUAUACCCACCUGCACACACACAUACGUAUGGGCACACAGACGCCAUAAUUGACUGACUGCCCCUCUGGAUGGACACACAAACACCUGAGCACCCACCUACCGUAUGAAGCCCCGAAGAUGCCGACGCCCCUGUAUUCACUGUCGUUGGGGUCGGCCUUGGCCAGUCCGAUUGCCGUGAGGUGCCGUACGCCGUCGAUCUGGUCCUCCAGCUCGAUGCGUCCCAUGUUGAGGUGCACAGCCUUCUCGAAGUCGCGGUCUCUGUUCUUGCUGCCCCUGUUGUCGAUCUUCAUCACCAGGAAGCCAAGCGUCCGCAGCAGCUGGCUCUGGUAGUCGAACACCUGGACAGCAUACAGGGGGGAUGUGAGUGAGAGUCGUGUGUGUGUGUGUGUGUGUGUUUGGUGUGUCCAGGCCAGGAGGGGGAGGGGGGGGCCUAGGUUACCUGGUCGAUGGUGUUGGUCACAUACUGCACCCCUGGCCCGCCGUAGAGAGAGACGAUGCACGGGUAGGGGCCCUCGCCAUAGACACGCUUGUCGGGCAGGAAAUACAGGCCGUUCAGACGCGUACCUGGUUCACCCACACACAGAUAUACAAGGUUCCAUAACACACAAACAACGCAAGGCGACCAGUGUGUGUAUGGUAUGUGGCCCGGCAGGCAGUGUGGCAGUGGACGAGCUCAGCCCACCUGUGCGGUUGUGGCAGGUGAACAAGUGUGGCUUCCCGUAGAACAUGUCCAUCAGCCCGCCGUGGACCGCCUGCACCUUCGGCACCGUUAUCACGACCGCACCCAGACCCGCAUCGCUCGGCGCCACCUUGGGCCUCUCUCCCCCCUCCCUUUUGCCGUCCUCCUUCUCGCCCACACGCGGCCGCUGCGUCGACGGCUCGCUCGAGGAUGCAGGCGGCCGCCUGCCCUUGGCCCCACCACCAUCCUCACCCACACCGCCAUUGCCAUCGCCAUCAGCCAUCGACGCGUCCCCCUGGGUGCCGCUGCUGCCGGCUGUCGGCACACCACCAGCAGCCGGCCCCCCGUUGAGAUUGGGAAGCAUGCCUGAGUCGCGCAACACCGAUGUGGGGUCGAAUUUGCGAAGCCAGAUGCCGCGGUAGAAGUUGAUGGAUGAGAACUGGUGGAUCCACAUGGACUUGUCGGGCGAGAUGAUCGCCUGAUGCACACCUGGGGCGAGGGAGAGGGGGACGGGGGGAGGGGGCGUGGGAGGGGUGGUGGUGAUGGGCGGUAUGGGUGAGAGGUAGAUGUGGUGGUUGCAGGGGUCGGUGUUGUCGCACCCCUGCCAGCAGACGUAGGACGUGUCGUGCGCCACCAGCGAUAUCACCUUGUGCGUCGGCGGGGUCAGGGGGAUCGCCAUCGAGCUGAUCAGAAAAUACGACCGACACACGACAGACACGCGACACAGUCUAUACUCUUCACAAAGGGUCUGCAUGCCUAUCCCUUUUCCCUCCCUCCCUGACUCACCCACCCACCGGUCAUAGAGGCUUCUGAGGAAGAGUGUGGUGAUGCCUGGCGAGUCCGAGCCCCACAGGUAGAGACCCUCCUUGCCCACCAAAGUGAACAAGUCCUUCAAAUCAACCCACUUCUCGUCCUUCUCUGUGUGCACCUGAUGCACACACAAGACACAGCACACAGCACAGCACAGCACAACGCACAACGCACACAAUGCCGGAGUGCCAUGUUGUGCUGUAAGCACGUGUGUGGUGUGGUGUGGUGUCACCUGAGUGGGUUUGCCUGUGGCCGUGUCGAACAGCAUCAGGUGCAGCUCUGUUUGCGGCCGGUUCUGCAGCUGCACGAGGAGGGAAGGCCGUCCGCUCGCCGUGGGCAGGCUGACGCACACACACAAGACACCACCACACAACCACACAGGUACACACAAGACGCACGUGUGCAUGUGGUGUACCUCGGUGUGUGUGGUGUGCGAUGUGUGCUUACUCGACCCAGUCGACACGCGCGACAUAGACCUCGUCAUCGGGCCCUAAGUCCAUCCACACCACUGAAGGGUCCUUGAACACGUCGCGAGCCAGACAAUCUGACAACCAUCAACCACACACACAACCCACAUGUGCGCACGUAGGAUAGACACCAGCCGGGCGGCCUACCUGGUUGCUUGCUGCCCUGUCGGACGUCCUUGGCCGCUUUCUCCCUCUCAUCUUUGCCAGGCACCUUGAUGACGCCCAACCUCAUUUUCGCAUUGGGGUAGCCCGCUACCGCCAUCCAUCCAUCCAUGCAGAGAGUGUCUGGUCUGUGUGGGUGCGUUCAUCAAGGAGGUGUGAUUGGUGCGGUGUGUGUGGUGUGUACCGAAGGCGAAGUGGUGGCUCUCCUUUGGAACGCCCUCGGCCGCCGGGUUGCUCUUGACGACGUGCUGGUGCACUAUGUCGUAUGCUGCAUGCCAUCCAUCCAUCCAGCCAGCCAUCUCAUGAAAGAUACACACACAUUGUGUAUGUAUGCGGUGGGGGGUGGGUGUAUGUGAGUAAUGUGGUGCUUGUCUUGUGCCAUCCCAUGCCAUGCCAUGACCCACCGGGGAUGUGCGACUCGUCGAAUGAGCAGAAGGCGAUGUAGGAUGAAUCAGGCGACCACCAGUAGCCUUCAGACACACACACACACACACACACACACAUCCAUCCAUCCACCGAUCCAUCCAUCCAUCGUAGCCGUCCGUCCUCCCUCACCCCCACCUCGCAAUCGAUGCAUCUCCUCCUGUGCCAUAUAUUCUGCCAGCCCGGUAGUCCAUCCGCCAUUGCCUCUCGCCCCACUGGUCAGCUGCAGCGCCACGCCAGGCUCCCCCUCGCCCUCCACCCCCACCACAUACACCUCCUUGUCCCUCACCAACGACACCAUCUGCCCGUCCGGCGACCACAGGGCAUCCAGCAUCGGGUGGGGGUCGUCAGGCGGCGCGUCCAGGAGGCAGUACGGCUCGGUGGGUUCUUCGUCUGUGCUGGACGACGGGAGUGACUUGAUCCAGAGUGCCUUGCCGAAGGGGAGGAGGAUGCUGUUGUGCGCCGUGCUCCAGUGGUACUUGGUCACACCCAGGCCCGACGAACGCGCCCGCUCACGCUGCAGCUUCUCCUCCAACCUGCACAUGACGUCACACACGCACCCACACGUGUGCAGUGAGUGCACCGGAACGCAUUGAUUCGUUCGAUUCAUGUGUGUCUGUCUGUCUGUCUGUCUGGCUGCAGCUCACGAGAGAUCUUCGUCUCUGAGUGCCGUGUUGGUCAGCCUGAGAGGGUCCACAAUCCGCCUGGGCACGCCCUCGUCCACAUGGAUGGCAUACAGGUGCCGCACACUGGCGCCAUGCACAGCCAGGUAGGUCACCCACUUGUUGUCUGGGGAGAAGGAGAACGUGUUGAUGUAGCUGCCGUUGGCUGGGCGGGUCAUAAAGGUCUGCCAUAGGAGCGGCUGGCUGGCCGGGUGAGAAUGGCUGCCAGGAACUUCGGGAUUCAGCGGCACCGAGGGAGCUGACAUGGCUCAAGCGACAAGAUCUGCACAGCUACUCGCAGACUUUGAUACUCAAUGGACGUGUGAGCGGUGU